UGUGGGUGCCUCAGAUGUGUACUUUAGUAAUUAGUUUCUUUACUGCUCAUCUUCCAAGUAAGUUUGUCAUCCUAGUGAAAAUCAAGAGGAAAAAGUCCUUCUGCUACCAUCUUGGUGUGUUACUUUCUGUGAAGUUCUCUUGCUUUGUUGGUACAGGCUAUUACAUCACACAAGCAGGUUGUACUUUUGUGAUGUCAGUUUAUGCUGCAUGGAUACUGUAAUGUGCUAAUGGUACACAGGGCUGUCCAUCCUUAGUGACAUCUAUCCUGAUGACGAGGAGUGCCAAGGGAAGGGAAGAAUUACAACUGGUAUCAGACCCCUGUCCUUAUAAUGGUACCAACCUUUGUUAAGAGGAAAGCCUCAAGCCUUCCCAGUCAGUAACAACUGCAUGCCCAGGUCUUCCUCGCCUCUGCAGACCUUUAGCUUCCAGCUCAGGCUAGCUGAAACUAAUGAGAUAUUUUCACUACCUCAGUGCCAGAAUGACUUGACGCUGAAGCAGCUCAAGUCUGAUUUGGAAUUAUUGACUGGGAUCCCCUUUCAUUUCCAGCGGCUUCACUACCUGGAUGAAAUAGAUCUGCCAGACGAUUCUACGCUUAUGGACAAUGAUUUUGUCCCUGGUGGAACAAUUACAAUGCGCAUCUGGAGGCAAGAUGGCUGGGGGCAUCUCGUGGCAGCUGCUGCCAAAGGAGACACGAUGAAGCUGGCCCAGCUGGGAGUUACAGAAGAGUAUGCUGGCACCUCUCCAUAUGCAAAGAUUCUGGGUCCGGAGCAGAAAAAGGAGUGGGUAGCACACCGUGCUUUUGUGGCUCUGUUUGUUGCCAGCCACAGAGGUCACGUUAACACUGUGAAGUUUCUCCUGAGUCAUGGUGCAGAUGUGCACUCUAAAACUCCACUGGGAAGGACUGCGCUGCACGUAGCUGCUAUCAUGGGCCGCUGUGAGUGCAUUGAGCUGCUGGUGAGCUGUGGGGCACGAGCCCUCGACCCAGAUUGUGAGGGGCAAACCGCAGUGAGGAUGGCCCAGCGCUGGGGCCAGAAGCAGAGCGAGCGUGCCCUGAUGCGUGUCCCACGGCCGCCGGCUGGAGCCAGGCCUUGGUGCAGGGAUGGAGCUGUGCUGCAGGCUCAUGGCCAGCCGGCCUGAUAUACACAGUCUGACCUGGUUCUGGCAGAUCUGAAGACAGUCAGUAACUUUCCCAAUGACACGCACUUUAAAUAGAGGUCACUGAGUACCUUUUGUAGGGUUUUGUUAUGAAAUAAUGUCAUAUUCUGAUGAUGCUGCAGCUAAGGUGACAGCUAGCUCAACCACAUAACCCUUGAGCGUGUGCUUUAUUUGUAAUUUAAGCUUUCUGGUAGUGCUGCUUUAAUUUCUUUGAGUUUAAAGUUGCCUUUUUUUUUUUCAUCUGUGGAUGUUGAGAUCGGGAGGCGGCAGUGGGGCCGGCAGGGGGUGUCCCAGCACUGCACUCAACUGCAGGCAGCAGUGCUGCAUCCUCCCCUGACGGUGGUGCUCCGACUGUCUCCAGAAUAAGGGGAUAAAUAUCCCUGACUUCUUCCUGGGAAUCGAGUACUAAAGCAAGGUUCAAAACCUUAGCCUAUGGAAGCCAGUAACUGGGAGAGCAUAUAGCAAACUUUUUAUGUGCUGGCAUUGGUCUGAACAAAUGCAGAAUUCCUGCUGGAACGAUGCCUUUUAGUACUGUUUAAAAAAGGCUCACUCUCUGGUUUCCUGUUGGUUAUUAGUUCUGCCUGAUUCAAACAUACAGAUGUUGGGUAAAUGCAAUGACAAGAUCACGUUCUAUCAAAGUGAUCAAUGGACAAGAUAUAAAAUGGUGUUUGAUGUCUUGCUGAGCAGUUGCAUAUUGUAAGCAGGAUUAUACAGAGAAAUCUUUAGAAAUCCGUUAUUCUUUCUUUGUGUUGUCUGUCUAGACUGUCUGAUCUGUGCUUAGGCUUCUAGAAAGGAGGAGAGGAUUUGUAGUUGCUUUUAGCCAUUAUGCAGCAUAACUUGGGAGAACAUAAGAAUGUCAUUCACAGAGAACUGAGUGUCUUCAGGAUGAGAAUUCCAGAAAUGGUAGAAAAUUAUGUAGUAUACAGUCAUGGAGGGCAGAUAGCAAGUAUUGCUUGCUGGUAGCUGGAAACUCACCCUCAGAAAAGAAAAAGAAAAAAAAAAGAAAGAAAUCCUAAAUGUGUUGUGGCUGGGAAAUGAGUGUACACUGAUCCAAAAUUGUCAUGGGGCAAAUCAGAAGAGAAUUAACAUCUGGACAAGGCCAGCACUGGAACAGUGUGUGCUCGUGUUUUUCUUAGAUGAGAAAGGAGAACCCAAGCUGAAGAGAGAUUAACCAGAGGAAAGGAGGGAGUUUGUCCUCAGGAGAGGAGCAGGAACACGAGGCAUUCUGCGUUGUGGUUGUUACUUGCUCUUCUCUGUGCUACAGUACAGAAGGAGGAUCAGUCUUCAGAAGAAUUUAGUGAGGACUUAUUAAUGAGCUUUGGGAUUCCCAGAUAAAGGAAGAAGCUGAUUGUUAUGAAGAAGAAAAAGGUACUAAAAUGCUUUGUGUUUAAUUUGGCCCAGGGCAGGACAAAUGUCACAACUGUCUCCUAAUAUUAGGAAAUCCAAAGCAACCCUUUUGGAAGGACUGUUGGUGGCCCUGCAUGUGGCAGGAGGGUUGGAGAUUCAUGAUCCUUGAGGUCCCUUCCAACCCUGGCCAUUCUGUGAUUCUGUGACUGUGACUCCCGUGGAUGUAAAAACCAAAGUUAAAUAAAGAUGACAAGCACAGCAAUAAUUCAUCACACUUUCUUAGUGUUACAGCUCACCCCUUUCCUUGCCUGGGCAGAGACCAGUACUGUUGCUCAUAGCCAUCACAAUGACUGCUGCUCCCUCAGAGCCUUGAGAAAGCCAGAGCUCAGCAAGCCUGACACUGGCUGCUGCUACUUAGAGGUAGUUGCUGUAGCCAGUGACAGCCUUGGAUGUCUAUAGACUGUCACCUUUGAUAACUCUGAAUAAUGAUAUGUUCCCCAAACAUUUCCCCUUCCUCUGGAAACAUUUCUAACUUUAACUGAGUUAUACCUGUUCCAUAUUUAUCUGUAGUGCGGAAUGUCGUGGCAAUCAUGACAUUCAUUUUUCAAAGUGAAUCAAAUGAAUAGAAAUUGUUAAAUGCUGGAGUACAAUACAGCUUAUAAAACCCAACAUCAGGAAAGUUGCACUGAUUGGACUCUUAGAUGCUGUUUUCCUUUUGCUUGGGAAACAGAAUUGUAGUCAGCUUGCAAUCUCCUCAACAUUGUUCAUGGAGGAAGCAGACAAAAAAUACCAAUGGCUGCAAUUUAGUUAAUUUUAUGCUAAACACAAUCAGCAUUCAAACUGGGAGUUACCAAGUGAAAAUGUAUUGAUGGAGAAGCCAAAAUAUUCUCUGUGAGUAGAUGGUGAAAUAUUAAAAUCUCAAAUAGACUCCUGAAAAGCCCAUAACUGUAGGGCGGAGAAGAUGCAAAGGUGAAAUUUGGCUCUGCUGGAGUCAACAGGAGGUCAGUGAGGUCAUGAAUUAAUCCUCAACAUGGGAGGUCAUGAAUCUGUGUGGUAGGAACCAGUGCAGCACUGGUAUAACAUAAGGCCUUGUGACAACAAAGACAAUGAUUAAAAAAAAAAAAGAGAUAAAAAAAAGGUUGCUAAGGAUGUAUCUGAAUCAGGACUUAUGUAGGAAUGCUUUCUCUGCCAUCAGUUUUCAAAUUUGCAGCGUGCCUUGCAUUGCAACCACCAACUGUGUUCAAAGACAACCAGAAUUUGGUUGUGAACUUUCUGAGGAUCGUGUUGACCAUUAAUGUUUAGAAAGGAUAGCGGUUCACGGAAGGAAGCCAAACCUAUAUACUUUCUAGCAUGCUUCCAACAUCUAUUAUGCUUCCAGCAUCCCGUUUAGGUUGGUUUGAUGCCUGACCUACACUGCAAUUGAGGUUAGUGCUUUGCUUUUCCUUGCAGUUCUCCAUAUGGUAUUCUGUUUGCAAGAUUUGCUUGACAUAACUGUCUGGUAUGGUUUGUUGGUGUUUUGCUAGGAUUCCUGUGUGUUCAGAAGCUAAUAAAGGAACUGUCAACUUAAAGGCCUGUCUUAAAAUGUGGCCCUACUGGCUUGGGAUAAGAAAUGCAGAGAUUCCUCUUCCAAGCCUCUUCUGUGGAAUUCGUGAUGCUAUUUCAAUUCCUUUGGUUUCCAGUAACAAAAAAAACCCAACAACUGGGGUCAAGCAGAAGUCAAGGUAUAAAAAUUAAUCACUGUGAGCUUCCUUACUUGUAAGCUGGGCCAUAUGUUAAAGGAAUGAGCAGUUCUUAUAUCUCUUGAUGAGUGUUUGUAUGCAUCGUUCAAAUGUACAUGUGUUUGAAUUCCAGCCUGUACUGAUUGAAUUGGUCUAUGAUAAUAAACAGGAUAAAUAAAUCAGAUGAAAGUAAAAGCACUGAUGUGCUUGUAGAAUUGUGCGGGAUUAAGUUCAGUACUAUGACCUUGAGCAGGAUGUAAUUUCAAAAGUGCCUUAAUUAUGAUGAUGACAUAAAAUAAGGCUGAGGAAACUGGAAAGGCAGAGAGAUAGGAGGCAGAGGAACAAAACAAACUCAUUUGGAAUGACUUGGUUUUAGCAGGAUUACAGGCUGUUAAGUGGCUUAUGUGGCUUAUGGUAGGGAAAUGCAGGGCCAGGGACCAUAGGCAGUCAGACUCCAAUUGGAGUGGAGUAGUGUGCAGUAGAGAUCAGAGCAUGGCUAAAAGGGCACGUGCAGCAUUGGGGGAAAUCGUUUCUAAGGUGAAUUGCUGUCUUGGUGCUUCUUUUCUGACGGAGAUCUGCUGUACAGCUGUGCUUGCUGCACAGCUGAGAAACUGCUGGCCCUGUUGAAUUCAACCCCCAUCCAGCAAAGCACCUCCUCCUGUGAUUAUACUACUGUAAUAACAGUGAUGAAAGAAAGGUGACUUCUGUGUACUUGUGCCCCACGUUUCUAUUAUCCAUUGGUUCUCCAUAGCACAGGGCAGCGUUAGAGCCUGCAUCCUUGGAGUUCCUUUGUCGGUUCGAGCUGUUGUCACGCGCCUAGCUAAUACCCUCUAGUAAUUUUCUUAUUCACAUGCACACUUAAUGUCCUUAGUCAUUAGACUGAAAAAUGUUAACCUUGUCAUAGUUAGUGACUGGAAGCAGAAAAGUCCAUUUAGUUCUCAGGGGAAUGAAUUCUAAUUUUCUGCUUGUCAGAAAGUGACAUUUUACAUAUUUUUCUCUUUUUUUUUUUUAUUCCCACCAUUUUAGUGCUGAGUUUAAAUGUGUGUGUCAUAGGAAUAGACUUUUUGUCUCUGCUAAACACCCCAAAAGGCUUGGCAGGUAUCCAAUGCAUGACCCUCUUGACCAACAGCCACUGCUUGAGCUUGUCUUGUGCACUGAGGAGAAUGGGAGGUGAGAGUGAAAAGUUAGAAGCAAGGGGUUAUUGCAGAGGGCAUAUUAAUGUUGCAUGUCAGAAUGCAUAUUUUUUUAUCCCGGAAAAUAUGGAUGAAAAGCAGCUCAUCUGGAAUAAAAUAUCCAGUGAAGAAACAAAUUAUGUUAAUCAAGCAGGCUCGUACUAAUGUUAGUCAUUAAGAUGUGACACCUUCUAUAUAAUGUCACAGGCUGCUGCAACCCUUUGAGAAGAGUGCUGGUUUGAAGGCAGCUUGUCUGUGGUUAUUGAGUUCACUGUUCUGUGAAAGGGAAUAACUUGUGUCUUGAAAAAUAGAUGGCAUUUAUGGCAAAGAGAAAUCAUCCUCCCACAGAUUACAGCUGUUCUUUGCAUUGUUGUGUUGGUGGUCUUAUCUCAUCAGUGGAUAUUUUCUGUGUUGUUUUUUGGUUGUUUGUUGUUUUGUUGUUUUGUUUUUGAUACAUUUCCAUAAAGCUGUUCUGAGGAGAACAUUGUGUGCUGGGAGCUGGAUGUGUUUUGAGAAAGAGACACCACCACAAAGAACUCGGAGUCUAAAUUGAAAAGAUGGAUGAAGUGAAAAUGAGGGAUGGUUGUUUUGCUUCUUACAGAUGGGAACUGAAGCAGGAGAUUGUGACUGUUGUGGCCAAAGUCACCCUGGGAGUCCACAGAACUGCAUCCUGAUCUUUGAAGUCCAAUUUCAGUAUUUUUAUCAUGUAUUGCCUUUCUGUUCCCUUGCUGCUGAAUCUAGAUUAAAUAUGCAUGUGUAGCGAGAUAAACAUGUUCUACAUGUGUUUAGCCAAAUUCUGACCUUAGGGACAUGAAACAAGCUCUCACUGAUGUAGAUAGGAGUGCUUUCAUGAGUGGAUUCAACCCAAGGAAUACAAAACAGCGUUGGCAUUUAGUUCACGAAACAUCCUCUUGUAGGCCUGAGGUGGAACUGGUGUUUUAACCAACUUCAGCCUCUCUGUGAGGUCUGGAGAAGGCAUGCCAGGCCAGAGGGUAACAAAACUGUGGGGCUGAUUGUCUGACUCCUAUAUUGCCUGCACACCAGAUACUGAUUAAUGAUUUGCAUGUAAGAAAUUAAUUAAUGGAUGCUGUAGGUUUUUGAGGGAAUAGUGUGUACUUACCUAAUUCUUCAUAUAAAAAAAAAAAGGGGGGGGGAAGGAGGGAAAUGGCCAGCACAGAGCCCUUCCUCAAAACAGCAUAAAACAGCAUGAGAUUUUGGCUCACUGGGUGUGAUGAUCCUUUCUCUUGUUUGGAUGCUUCUGUUAUACCAGGAGUACUGUCCGCGUUGCGUUAUUCAGCUCUGAAUCAACUGUAGCAAUACUGCCAAAUGCACAAGGAGAAGAAUACAAAACGCAUUCUAAAUAAUUUCAGCAUUUAUGUGGUUUUGGGUCUUCUGUGUUUCAUGAAAUCUCAACAGAUUGUUUGCUGCAGCAGGACCAGAAGGCCGAUAGGUGCAGUGCAGAGCGAUGCCUGUCCCUGCUGACAGGGACUGGUUAGCAAUGGCUCCAAGGUAUGACUGAAAGGAGAAUUAAAAGCAGAUUUAGGGAAUCUUCUUUCCUCCUUGCUUCUUAAGUGUAUAAUUCUGCAUAAAUACAUCAUGGAAAUCUUAACUGUAAUUUGCCGGGUAUGAAGAAGAUUGUUUCUUCUAAAGUUAAAUAGCACUGAUCCAAGGUGAAGGAGAUGGUCCUAAGCUCUCUGUUGCUUAUAGCCAGCCCACAAAAACGUUUAUUUUCUCAAUGCCGUACCUUAAACAAAUAGGAGCACAAGUAAAUAUGGUGAAAUGUUUUGCUCUGAACCAUGGCGAGAGCUGUUGCAAUUGGUCUUUUCCCAUUUGCAUACAAGUAACUCAAAUGAUUAAUGGCAUUGCUUCCAGGAGAACAAACAUCAGCAGCGCUCCCUGCAAGCCAAGUAGUUGUCUGGUUGGCCCUGCAGUGAGUUACCUUUCCCCUGACAAAGUGCCCUGGUCAGAGCCAUCCAGAAGUGCAAGCUGAAGAAAAUUCUACAAUCUUGAAGAUUCAGGGGCCAUCUCCUGGUGUUCUGUGCUGCAGAGAAAGAGCAGGAAGUGUUGGAGCUCUUUUCUUCCUCCCAGUCCCUGACCCAGCAGCACCGCUGCUGCACAGACCCACCGUGCCCUGUGACAGAGGCACACAGCCAGCCUGACUUCUCGGGACCUGGGCUUAAGCAAGAAGGGCGGUUUUGUUACCCCUGCUUAUGUCUCACCAGAGAACUGACUGCAGCCACGGCAGAAGCAGUGUGCAGACGAUGCCCCUCUGCUCAGGUGAAUGGAUAAGCAGUGUCCCUUCCUGCUUUUUCUCCAGCCCAUGAGGCAUUGGCAUUGCUCAAUAACUAUACCUUGGCUUCUGCUAAGGGACUGUGAACAUACAGGGUUUGCUCCUUCAGCAGGCGUUGUGCUGAGAUGGAAGCUGCGCUGCACAUAAUGGGGAGCACAAGAAAUGGCUGUGGAUUUUAUUUAAACAAAGGAUAGGAGUGUGCUCUGGCAAUAAGAGCAUAAUGUCUGCUUGGUUUUUCCAGACAAGGACAGUGCCUUGCUGGUUGG